CCGAUGAGAUCAAUGCUGUGCAAAACGUUGUUAUUUAACGUCUGCAUUUCUGAAGAAUCUGGUGACUAAUUUCAUUUAAAUUCAUGUAUAAUUAUCUUUUGUCUCAGUGACAGUGUUUGCACUUGAGAAAGAAGCGCUAAGAAAUGCCGAUUGUUCAUGAACAGAUUUGAUUUGCAGCCGAUCGAGUCGACCAUCUUUUCAAUUUCAUAACAAACAACAGCAGUGAAUUUGCAAAAACAAUGUUAAACUUAUCUUGAAGUUUCAUCAUCUUUUUGAAAUUGAACAAAAACGGUGAGCCUGUAAAGACAUGGCAUUUAGGAGUUGUGGGUCGCUUCAUCUUGGAGCUAAGAAGGUCGGCAUUUGUAUAAAUCCCUCCACAUUCAGCCAUCACAGACAGGUCGCCCUCUUGCAGAGAUGUAGUAGAUUAUUCGGGAGUACAAGAUGGACCACUAGUGCCUUCCAAAGAUGGAUAGUCUUCAGUAAACAACCCCCAAAAGGAUUUGAGAAAUUUUUCCAGGGAGGAAAGAAAGACGCUGCUCCCCCAAGACCUAAGAAUUCAUCUACACCUAAAGAGAAAGCUGAACCCAAGCCAGAGAAAAGCAGCGAGAGCAGCCGAUCUGGUAGCAGCGGAGGCAACAAACAGAAUGACUUCUGGAAGGGACUUCUAGGCGGAGCUACAGGAGGCAAGCCUGGAGGGGGUAGUGGUCCCCAGAUAGAUCCAAGCAACAGGAAUCAAUUAUUGUUUAGCGUUGCUCUUACAGUAGCAGGUGCGGCUGCCGCGAUUUGGCUGGUUGGUGGUGGAUCCGCCCCUGAGAUCACAUGGAAGGAAUUCUGUAAUGAAUACUUACAAGCUGGACAGGUGGAAAGACUGGAAGUGGUCAACAAGAAAUAUGUACGAGUGUGGCUGAGACCUGGUCAUUUAAAAGGGAAAUUUGUUUGGUUUAACAUCGGCAGUGUUGACACAUUUGAGCGUAAUCUGGAGAAUUCCCAGCUGGACCUCGGGGUAGAGCCAAAUAAUUAUCUUUCUGUAGUAUACAGUUCAGAAAGUGACGGGAGCUUCCUGAUAAGCCUGAUCCCGACUGCCCUCAUGAUUGGGUUCUUCUUCUACCUGUUUCGCAAUAAUCCUGCUACAGGGGGCCGGGCGGGUAAACGAGGGGGCAUCUUUGGUUUCGGUGAGAGCACAGCCAAGAUCAUCAAGGAGGAUGUUGGGGUGCGUUUCAAGGAUGUAGCCGGAUGCGAAGAGGCCAAGCUUGAGAUCAUGGAGUUUGUCAACUUCUUGAAGAAUCCUCAGCAGUAUAGUGACCUAGGAGCAAAGAUCCCUAAGGGGGCAAUUUUGAAUGGUCCACCAGGUACAGGCAAGACACUUCUAGCUAAGGCUACUGCUGGAGAAGCUAACGUUCCCUUCAUCACCGUCAGUGGAUCAGAGUUUCUGGAGAUGUUUGUGGGUGUUGGUCCAUCCAGGGUACGAGACAUGUUUUCAAUGGCAAGGAAGAACGCUCCAUGCAUCCUCUUCAUUGAUGAGAUUGAUGCGGUGGGCAGAAAGCGAGGGCGGGGUAACUUUGGUGGGCAGAGCGAGCAGGAAAACACCCUGAAUCAACUCCUCGUUGAGAUGGACGGUUUCAACCCAACCAGUAAUGUGGUCGUCCUAGCUGGAACAAAUCGUCCUGAUAUCUUAGAUCCUGCUCUGAUGAGACCUGGUCGCUUUGACAGACAAAUCUACAUUGGUGCUCCUGACAUCAAGGGAAGAGCGUCGAUAUUCAAAGUGCACUUGAAGCCACUCAAGACGGAGGUUAAUAUGGACUCAAUGGCAAAAAAGAUGGCUGCUCUGACUCCUGGUUUUACGGGAGCUGAUAUAGCCAAUGUGUGCAACGAGGCAGCCUUAAUAGCAGCAAGAUUUGGAUGCAGCAGCAUUCAAAGUGAACACUUUGAGUCGGCCAUUGAGCGUGUCAUAGCAGGUUUGGAGAAGAAGACUCAGGUUCUGCAGCCGGCAGAGAAGAAGACGGUAGCUUACCAUGAAGCUGGCCAUGCCAUCACAGGAUGGUUCUUAGAAUACGCAGACCCGUUACUCAAGGUAUCCAUCAUUCCACGAGGUAAAGGUCUCGGAUACGCCCAGUACCUCCCUAAGGAGCAAUUUCUAUACACCAAAGAGCAGCUGCUAGACAGGAUGUGUAUGACGUUAGGCGGGAGGGUAGCUGAGCAAAUCUUCUUUGAAAAAAUUACCACAGGUGCCCAAGAUGACUUGAAGAAGGUCACACAGCUUGCCUAUGCACAGAUCGUACAACAUGGUAUGAGUGAUGUUGUGGGUAAUGUGUCUUUUGACAUGCCCCAACAAGGCGAGAUGGUCUUGGAUAAACCGUACAGUGAAUCAACAGCCACCAUGAUUGAUGAAGAAGUCAGGAAACUCAUCAAGUCAGCUUACGAUCGCACCAUGGAGCUGCUGACUAAACACAAGGACAAUGUGGAGAAGGUUGCCUUACAUCUUCUAGACAAGGAGGUCCUAAACAAAGAUGACAUGGUGGAGCUCCUUGGAAAAAGACCAUUCGCCGAGAAAUCCACCUACGAAGACUUUGUGGAAGGAACCGGCAGCGUCGAUGAGGAUACAUCAUUACCCGUCGGACUCAAGGAUUGGAAUAAACAAAAGGACACUAAAAAGGAAACGCCAGAGGGAGAAAAGCCACAGAUUGAAACAGCAUGAUUAGCACUGAUAGUAGUGGGAGUAAAUCCACCAUUUGAGACAGCGUGGUGUGUGUGUGUUAAACUAUGGAUAUUUUAGCAUGAUACUUGAUACAAACUAGCCAGUAUUAAAGCAAAGUCACCCCCUCUGCGAUAAAUUUCAACAGCCUUGGAAUUGUUUGAUCCAAUUGGAUAAGACAUGUUUAUGGCAUUCGUCGACUUUGAGAUUAUUCUGAUUUUGUUUAUGCAAUUCAAUUACAAUGGUGAGAUAACAGUGUUGGCUCACAGCUACCAGACUGGGUUUCCUGUCAGUAACACCAUAAUCCCAUGUAACACAAUAAUGUUGUACAUUUAUAGCCCUCUCACCAUAUAAUUUACCAAAAAUCAACAUUCUCUUAAAUUUCUGGUCAUGGGACCACUUGCCUUUAACUGCAGUUGUUUACCUUUGUGUAUUGAAAGUAAGGUCGACAGGGAAGAAGACUGGCUCCUGUUACGUUUUGAUUGUUAACAUUAAUCUAUAUUACCGGUAUCUGUCUAAAUUGAUGACAUAAACACUGUUCCUGCCUAAGCCCCAGUUAGCCUUUAGCCCCUUUCACAUUAGAGCAAUUUAGCGAGGGUCCCUUGUUAAAUUGUAGCAAUGUCAGAAUUGAAAUAUUUGGUACCACACAAUUACGAAGAUGUGAUGUCGGAUGUUAUAUUGGAAAUGCACAAUCAUUCCAAUUCUAUGAAGUCUGAGAUCAGCAUCUUCAAACAACUCAGAAAAAUAAAAUGCUUUGUUCUUCUUGAAACUCUUA